AUGUUAUCACGACCACAAAAACAAUCGAUGUCAGAAUUGAAAUUAAGAAGGUUAACUGAACAUAAUCAAAGGUUAAGAGAAGAUUUAGAUCGACCUAGGAUCAGAGUCUCUGAAGCUAGUUCAAAUUUGAUUAGGUUUUGUAAAACUACUAGAGAUUAUUUGGUGCCUUCUGUUUGGGGUCCAUUAGGUAAAGGAGAAGAUCCUUAUGCUCCACAAGCUGCUGGUGCUGGUUGUUGUCUUGUGAUGUGAUCUGAUUCACUUCGAUUCUACAUUUUAUGUUUUUUUGUUUUUUGUUUUCCAUCGUUUUUUUUUUACUUUUUAUAUCAGGUUUCUUUUUAUUUUUCACUUUAUCUAUUUUGUUUUCUUUAUUGUGAUUUUGAUUGAUUGAUUGAUUUGUUUCAUGUGGUUUUUUUGUUUUGGAAUUGGAAUCGGAUUGGUUUUGUGA